UUAUCCGUUCCAUCAAAAUACCGACUUCUUUUAUUUAUGCGGUUUUAAUGAACCAGACGCGGCUAUAGUUUUGGAAUAAUACUCGAAAGGGAUAUAAAAUGACAAUGUUUGUGCCGCCAAAAAAUACAAGUGUUGAAAUGUGGGAUGGUUCUAGAACUGGAGUAUUGGGUGCAGUAGAAAUAUUUGGCGCAGACGAGGCUAUAGAAUCGACAAGAUUCAACUCAAAAAUCAAGGAAAUCGUAAAAAAUUACAAAGAUAUAUACAUAGAUCUCCCUGCAAAAACAAAUAUUCUUUCAAGUGAUAGUAUUUAUAAAAGUACCAGCCGAGCUUAUGUAAAACCGUUAAGUCGUAUAAUUCAGGAAUUGAGACUUAUUAAAAGUGAUAGUGAAAUUGCGUUAAUGAAAGUGGCCGGACAAAUCACUGGUAAAGCAUUCAUUGAGACAAUUAAGUUUACAAACCUCGGAUUUACUGAACAUGACUUAUAUGCAAAAGUAGAUUUUGAAUGCCGGAUUCGUGGGGCGCAGUAUCUUGCAUAUGUACCAGUGGUGGCAGGAGGAAUUAAUGCUUUAACAUUGCACUAUGUAAGGAACGAUAUGCCAUUACAAAAUGGUGACUUGGUAUUAGUAGACGCGGGUAGUGAAUACCAUGGUUAUGCUAGUGAUAUUACGCGAACCUGGCCAAUAAAUGGUAAAUUUUCGCCAGCUCAACGUGAUCUUUAUGAGGUGGUGUUAAAUGCCAACAGACAAUGCAUCAAGCUUUGUACUGAAAAAAAAAAUAUUUCACUCAAUAAAAUACAUGAAAAAUCUGUUCAAUUUAUAAAAGAGGGAUUGUCAAGUCUUGGAUUUGAUCUUGUUGAAGGAGACGUGGACCGAGUAUUAUAUCCUCAUCACGUUGGACAUUAUCUUGGAUUAGAUGUUCAUGAUACGCAUGACCUAGAACGUUCACGAAUUCUAAAAAGUGGAAUGGUGAUAACAAUAGAACCAGGCGUUUAUAUUCCUCCUAAUGAUGCUUAUCCAAAACACUUUCAUGGCAUGGGAAUUCGUAUAGAAGAUGAUGUAUUAGUUGGUGAAACUGAUCCAUACGUAUUAAGUUCAAUUGCACCAAAAGAAAUUGUUGAUAUUGAAUAUUGUAUGGAAAAUUAAAUUAGAAUGAAAUCAUUAA